GGUGCCUAUCGGCUCCUUCAGUUGGGCCCACGGGGGCCACCUCCGAAAUGGGGGCUUCCCUGGCUGGGGCGACCCCUUUGGAAGAGGGUGGAUGGAGGCCGUUUUUCCUGCUGCUGUUCCUUUCCAUCACUCUGCGGGAGGGACAGCUCCAGGCGGCCGGCCAGGCACCUCUGUCUGCGUCCUGCGCACCGCAGGCUUCGGGCACAUAAACGCGCUGAAUGAAGGAACCCAUCAGGCGCGGCUGUGCUCUCCGCCCGCACCUGUGCGCGCAGCCAGACCCGCCUCGCCUAGGGCGCGAACUGGAGGGACGCAGCGGGGAGCUCCGCAGCGCCCCCCCACCCCACCUCUGCAGGCCGCCUCAACUCUCGGAUCAGACCCAGGCGCGUCCGGAGGCUCCGGGCCCCGCUUCUGCGCCCGAGCCCGUCCCUGCGCGGUCUUGGUGGAGGACCCCCGCGCUCACGCCCGGGACCCCCCAGGGCCCAGCGACUCCUUCGGCCUCUCUCCCCAGCCGCCCCUCGCGCCUGACAGCUCCUGACCCUCGCAACGCCCUUUCCCAGCGUGCCCUCGCCCCUGCUACGCCCUCCCUCACACGCUUCUCUUUUCCGCGGUCUCCUCUCCCCUGCGGGCCCUCUCGCCCCCGCGGCACCUACUGCCUUCCUUCCCUGCAGCUUGCACGCCCUCCGGCGGCGCCCCCGGGAGCACCUGCGGCCUGGGCUCGGCUUCCCGGCUCGCUUCGCCCCUGGCCCCGCCCCUGACUCCGCCCCAGGCCCCGCUCCUCCCGGCCGGCUACACGUCUGCGCUGCUCGUAGGCCCGGGGGCCGAGGGGCCCGUGGGACACGCAUCGGGACGCAGCUUCCUGGUGCGGGCGGACCGCGGAGGUGGAACUGGCCGCGGCCCCCCUGGCCUGUGAGCGUCGCCCGGGAGAGCGGAAUCGCGGGGUUGGAGGCAUCGGCCGCACCUCGGACCUUGACCUGUGGCCUGGGAGGAAGUGAGAUCUACUGGCCACGACUCUGACCACCUGACCACCUUCCUGGGCGCCUGAGUCUGGGUUUCCUCGCCAGGACUCUCCCUUUGGGCUUUGUCCAGUCAGGGCAGCUUGAAAGCCACAGUCUCCAUCAGUUGGGAAUGCUUUCUGGUGCACACAACGGGAACUCCUUGUCCCAGGCUUGAACAGGUGUGGGUUGAGUCUUCUCACACAAAGAAGCCCACAGCCCGGGCAGCAUGCAGACCCAGCAGGGUGGCGUCCAGUACAGCAGGUGGGAUGACAGCAGCCGGGACGAAGUCCACGUGGCUGCCGUGUCCAGCACGGAGGAGGCCUCAAGCUGGGCGAGGAUCUCCCGGAAGCUGUGCUCAGGCAAGCUGGGCAUCGCCCUGAAGGUGCUGGGCGGAGUGGCCCUCUUCUGGGCCGUCUUCAUCCUGGGCUACAUCACCGGCUACUACGUGCACAAGUGCAAAUAAGGCUUCCCAGCAUGCACGCAUGUGCCCGGGGACGCGGGCCCGGGCAGACACCCUUGUACACCAGAAUCCCUUUUGCAUGCACAGACCCUCAUGUACACGGAUCCUCGUAUACACCAGGUUUCCUCCACGUCCAUAGACUCACCGCCCCCCCCCCAGACCCCACUGUGCAGCAAGCAGUCACCGGCCAUCCAGGGGCACGCAGAGGAACAGGAACACAGGUCCUCGAUGACAUAUACACAUGCCUCGCACAGGCAGCCAGCCAGGGGCACACGUGGCCGGGAGACUCGGCCCAGUCUGAGCUGGGACCACGGGACACACCCUCUGGGUCCUCCCUGAGCGGGCGCUGUAUGGGGCUGGGGGUGCCUGGGUGGGCCUCUGGGCCCUCUUGUUUUGUAAGCAUGGCUCUGGGGGAGGCGGGGCUGUGUAUGUCCCUCUGCCCCCCCCCCCCCUCCCUGGGCUGAGACCCCAUCCUGGAAGUCGAUCCUGGGCAGGGUGGGGAGCGGGAGCCACCCUCAAGUGUUGUCUGCGGUGGGGUGGGCAUAGUUGCUCCGGGGCUUGGAGCCAGCAGGAAGGCUGCUGCCCCCGCCAUGCCCAGGGCGGAUGGGAACCUGUGCACCGAUGCAGUCAUUAAAAGUCUGUUGCAUGAA